CUUUUUCCGAUAACAGAUUAGUCACUGAAGCUAAAAGCUAACUUGAGUUCAGGUUACCAAAGUAUCCACAUUAAGUGUAUAGUUGACAACCUUCUAAUAAGAUAAAACAAACAUUCCCGUUACAUCGUCAAAAUGAGUUCCGUUUUGAAAGAAUCUACCAACUAUGUUUGGUGUACGGAAGAAAAGGGAGUUCUAGGAAAGGGAGCAACGGCUGCGGUUUACCAAGGCGUUAAUAAACAUAAUGGAAAACCAGUUGCCGUGAAAGUAUUCCACCGGUCCAGCUGUACGGAACUUCACAAUGUACAGAUGCGGGAGCUCGAAAUGCUCCGAAAGAUGAAGCACAACAAUAUCGUAAAGUUGCUGGAUAUCGAAGAUGAUCAGGAAGGUCGAGGUAAGGUAAUUGUAAUGGAAUUAUGCACUGGUGGCAGUUUGCUCAAUAUAUUGGAUGAUCCGGAGAAUACCUACGGGUUACCACAACGUGAGUUCCUGCUAGUGCUGGAACAUCUGUCAGCAGGAAUGAAGCAUUUGAGAGAUAACAAUCUUGUUCAUCGAGAUUUAAAGCCAGGUAAUAUUGUGAAGAACAUCUCAGAAGAUGGCCGCACAAUAUAUAAACUCACCGAUUUUGGAGCGGCACGAGAAUUGGAAGAAAAUCAGCAGUUUGUGUCGCUGUACGGUACAGAGGAGUACUUGCAUCCAGAUAUGUACGAGAGAGCUGUGCUUCGAAAGUCCACGAAUCGGAGCUUUACAGCAAACGUGGAUUUGUGGUCCAUAGGCGUAACACUUUAUCACGUUGCAACGGGAAACCUUCCCUUUCGACCAUUUGGUGGACGAAAAAAUAAGAAAACAAUGCACCAUAUAACCACUAAAAAAGAACCAGGUAUCAUUUCCGGAACACAAACCAGCGAAAAUAGUCCCAUCGAAUGGUCUCGUGAUCUGCCACUUCACUGUCAACUGAAGGCAGGGUUGAAGUAUCUGGUAACACCGCUGCUCGCUGGGCUGUUGGAGGUAAAUCAAACAAGAAUGUGGUCCUUUGAUCGCUUUUUCCGUGAAGUCCAACACAUUCUGAAUAGGAAACGCGUUAAUAUAUUCUAUGCAAAUCGGGCAACUUCCAUCGAGGUUUACAUGGACCCGAAGGAAACUUGCUUCAAUCUAAAGGAGCAUAUUUUCGUGCAGACGGCAGUUCCUCAUAGUGCACAACUGCUGCUUAUGGACACGGAGUUACAUGACCUUAAAGUUGGUGCCGAUAGUACUGCUCAUGGUUACCCGGAAAGUGAAGCAGAGAGUCCGCUUAUGUUGUUCAAUAUUGAGGAUAAUAACGUUUCUCUUCCGGCCGAGCUUGAUCUGCCGAAGUUUCCCUCGUUUCCCAGUGGUAUACCGGUGGAGAGCGACGCGAAUUUGGCGAAGGUUGCUUGUAGUGUAGGACACGAAUACAAGCGUCGUAUAGAGACGUUCUCCAGUUUGGACACCCUGAUGAAUAAGGCCGUGGAGCAAUUUGCAGGAUUGCUGAAGAGCUUACUGAUGAAAUUGCAGGAACGGGUAAAGCAUUUCGAGGAUAUGGGCAAUUCUAUUUGGGAGAUAGCGGAUCUAGUGGAAAUAGCGGUGUUGAAUAACGACUCGUAUCAGCAUAAAGCAACCACCAUUAGCACGGAAUUGAAAGUAGUAAAGGCAGACUUUCAGCGUGUGUCGGUUCCAGUUCAGAAGCUAUUCAAUCGCUUCGUCUUGGAUGAGUCACUGAGCCGUGAUUGGAUUACCGCAUACCGUGAUUUACGCAGUCCAAACAAGCACCGGGUGAAUGAAAAAGCGAAGCAUUUGGUAGACUGUCUGCGUGAGUCUUGGCAGAAUCUGCUGCCAAAAUGUUCCACAUGCUCGCUGAUCUUUGACGACGAAAAGCUUCAUGCAUUGGAAAAAAUGACCGAAACUGGAAAGCGAGUGAAAGCACUCCUGAACGAUGACGUACGUCCGGCAGUCGGGCUGGCAGCAGAAUGCUUUGCAGACUGGUAUAAGAAAGUGCAAACAAUUUUCCUGCAGACGCAGUUUCUUCACAAGGACGUUAAAUCGCAUGAAGGGAAAUUGCACGAUAUUCGUGAGCAGCUGAUUCAGAUCAAAGAAGAUUUGAAGAAGGAUAUCAAGAACGACGGUGAAGUGUCGAAGAUUGCCAAUGAAACUUCGGUGAACGAGCAAAAUAUCGAGUGCAUGAAAAAAUCCAAAGAGAGGCAAUGCUAUUUGAAAACUUUGUUUAAUUAUCAGCGUGAAAUCGAAAAGAUUUUACAGCAAAACAGUGAGCUAAUCGAAACGGUUCAGCAGUUAUCUAUGAACAGAUGAUGAUAAUUGAUAAUUGAUAAUUGAAGAUAAUCGAUUAUAGAUUAUAAAUAACGGGUCGAAAGCGAUGAAAUGUAAAUAAUAGCUGCUAAGUUAAUUAUUGAAUUUGAUUCUAGUACCUAAAUAUUGGAGUGUACCCAUUAAUUCACUGCGUUCCAGUAUAAGUACGGUAUGUGUUGCCUCUAAUUAUGAAUUGUGUAACACAAACAAUACAGUCUGUUAUGGAUUGUAAACACAGACUUUCCUCAGUUCCUGACUAGGAAUUCCAUUAUUUAUCAUAAUUUGUGAUUCAUCGACAGCAAUAUUGGACCUUUCAUAUUACUCUUAUUUUGUGAUCUACGUAGUAUUAUUAU